AUGGCUGAAUAUUUUUUUUCUGACUUUGGCCUGUUGUGGUACCUGGAGGAGCUCAAAAAGGAAGAGUUCUGGAAAUUUAAGGAGCUCCUCAAGCAAGAACCUCUGAAAUUCGAACUCAAGCCCAUCCCGUGGACUGAACUAAAGAAGGCUUCACGAGAAAAUGUGUCAAAGCUGUUGAGCAAGCAUUACCCGGGAAAACUGGCCUGGGACGUGACCCUGAGUCUGUUUCUUCAGAUAAGUCGGGCUGAUCUCUGGAAGAAGGCUCAGAACGAGAUCCGACAGAAGAUAAACCCAUAUAGAAGCCACAUGAAGCAGAAAUUCCAAGUCCUGUGGGAGAAGGAGCCCUGCCUUCUGGUUCCUGAAGAUUUCUACAAAGAGACCACAAAGAGUGAGUAUGAACAACUGAAUGCUGCCUACCUUGCCACCCUCAAGCCUGGAGAGUUCUCACCCACUGUGAUCUUGCACGGUCCUGAAGGGAUUGGAAAAACAACCUUUCUGAGAAAAGUGAUGCUGGAGUGGGCCAAGGGAAACCUAUGGAGGGACAGGUUCUCGUUUGUCUUCUUCCUCACGGGCCGUGAAAUGAAUGGUGUGACGGACAUGAGCCUGGUGGAGCUGCUCUCCAGGGACUGGCCUGAAUCUUCGGAGCCCAUUGAAGACAUCUUUUCCCAGCCAGAGAGAAUCCUCUUUAUCUUGGAUGGCGUGGAGGAACUGAAGUUUGACUUGGAUUGCAACACCGACCUCUGUGAAGACUGGGAGCAGCCACAUUCCAUGCAGGUUGUCCUGCGGAGCCUGCUGCAGAAACGGAUGCUCCCAGAAUGCUCUCUGCUCCUCGCACUCAGCAAGAUGGGGGUGAGGAAAAACUACUCCUUGUUGAAGCACAUGAAAUGUGUCUUUCUCUUGGGGUUCUCUGAGCGCCAAAGGAAGCUGUAUUUCUCCCAUUACUUCCGGGAGAAGGAUGCAUCCUCGAGAGCCUUCAGUUUUGUGAGGGAGAGGAGCUCACUCUUCAUCUUGUGCCAGAGCCCCUUUCUCUGUUGGCUAGUCUGUACGGGCUUGAAGUGUCAGCUGGAGAAAGGAGAAGACCUGGAGUUGGACUCUGAAACCAUCACUGCUUUGUACGUGUCUUUCUUCACGAAAGUGUUCAAAUCAGGAAGUGAGACCUGUCCGUUGAAGCAGAGAAGAGCCUGUCUGAAAAGCCUGUGUACCUUGGCUGCUGAGGGUAUGUGGACUCGCACGUUCCUGUUUUGCCCCGGGGACCUCAGGAGGAACGGGGUGUCCGAAUCGGACACCUCGAUGUGGUUAGAUAUGAAACUUCUUCACAGGAGUGGUGACUGCCUUGCCUUCAUCCAUACCUGUAUCCAAGAAUUUUGCGCUGCCAUGUUCUACAUGUUCAAACGACCCAAGGACCCACCUCACUCGGUCAUUGGAAAUGUGACCCAGCUCAUCACCAGGGCUGUGGGUGAACACUACUCCCACUUGUCCUGGACAGCGGUAUUCCUGUUUGUGUUCUCAACUGAAAGGAUGACCCACAGGCUGGAGACAUCCUUUGGUUUUCCACUGUCCAAAGAGAUAAAGCAGGAAAUAACGCAAAGCCUUGACACUUUAAGUCAGUAUGACCCCAAUAAUGUCAUGAUGAGUUUCCAGGCAUUGUUCAAUUGUUUGUUUGAGACCCAGGACCCAGAAUUUGUAGCCCAAGUGGUGAAUUUCUUCAAAGACAUUGACAUUUAUAUUGGUACCAAAGAGGAGCUGAUAAUAUGUGCAGCCUGUCUGAGACAUUGCCAUAGUCUGCAGAAAUUUCACCUGUGUAUGGAACAUGUCUUCCCAGAUGAGUCGGGAUACAUCUCAAACACCAUCGAGAAGCUCGCCCUCUGGCGGGAUCUGUGCUCAGCAUUCACCGCCAGCGAGGACUUCGAGAUGCUAAAUCUGGAGAACUGUCAGUUCGAUGAGCCCUCUCUGGCUGUUCUCUGCAGGACGCUGUCUCAACCCGUCUGUAAACUCCGCAAGUUCGUGUAAGUCGGGUCUUCACCUGUCUUUUCCCAUGACCUAGAAUUCUUUAAGGCCAUUCUUCAUAACCCUCAUUUGAAAUACCUGAACCUCUAUGGCAGCAGCCUCUCCCAUAUGGAUGCCAGGAAGCUGUGCGAGGCGCUGAAACACCCAAUGUGCAACAUAGAAGAACUCAUGCUGGGGAAGUGUGACAUCACGGGUAAAGCCUGCAAAGACAUCGCCUCUGUUCUCGUCCACAACAAGAAGCUGAAGCUUCUCUCCAUGUCAGAGAAUGCCCUGAAGGACGACGGGGUGCGGAUGCUGUGUGAGGCCUUGAAGAGCCCAGACUGUGCCCUGGAAGUGCUGCUAUUGUCACAUUGUUGCUUCACCUCUGCAGCCUGUGACUACCUCUCCCAAGUCCUUCUGUGCAACAGAUCCCUGACUUUUCUCGACCUGGGGUCAAACGUCCUGAAAGAUGAGGGAGUGAUAACUUUGUGUGAAUCAGUGAAGCACCCGAGCUGCAACCUACAGGAGUUAUGGUUGAUGAAUUGCUGCUUCACUUCUGUUUGCUGUGUGGCUAUCGCUACUGUUCUUAUCCAAAGUGAAAAACUAAAAACCCUGAAACUAGGGAACAAUAAGAUAUAUGAUGCUGGUGCCAAAGAGUUAUGUAAAGCUUUGAAGCAUCCUAAGUGUAAAUUAGAGAACCUUGGGCUGGAUACCUGCGAGCUCAGCUCUGCCUCUUGUGAGGACCUGGCCUCAGCUCUCACCGCCUGCAAAUCGCUGGCUUGCCUGAACCUGGAAUGGAUCAGCCUGGACUAUGAUGGGGCGGCGGUGCUGUGUGAAGCCUUAGUCAGUCUGGAGUGUAGCCUGCAAGUGCUCGGCCUGAACAAAUCUUCAUAUGAUGAGGAGAUUAAGAUGAUGCUGACGCAGGUGGAAGAGAUGAACCACGACCUCGUCAUUUCACACCAUCUCUGGACCAACGACGAGGCCAGACUCAGGGGUGUACUUGUCUGA